AUGACAAAGAGACACAACGUCAAAAAGCUCUCGGCGCUGCUGUGCCUCCUGCUCGCGGUUGGCCCUAUUGCUGUACUCUCGGCUCCUAUCGCUGAUGUCGAAAGCCUGGCCAAAAGGCAGUCAACUCACAGUAACACCGAUGCUGCAUCCUUGAUAAAUGCUGGCAUCCCAGACGGACCAACCUUCAACAAAGGCGAUUUCUUCUCCUCCAGCAACCAUCAGAAACGCGAUGAGGACUGCGAUAAGAAUGAGGAUGAUAAUGAUUCGCCCUCCAGCCCGAGCUCGAGCUCUAGCAGCAACACGGGCGCCGCAUCUUUCAUGAACGCUGGCAUCCCCGAUGGACCAACCUUUAACAAAGGCGAUUCCUUCUCCUCAACCAACGAGGAGGACCGCGAUGCGGGCAACGAUGAGAAUGGCUCGCACUCGGGCGUCAGCACCAACACCGACGCAGGCGACUUCGCCACAUUUGGUAUCCCCGGCGGCCCCAGCGCUUCCUUUGGGAAUUUCUUUCACCAUGAUUAUGAGGAGACUCACUCCGAGCGGCCCGAGACUUCGCACGUUCCUCAGCCUAGUCCGCCUAUGCCUCCUGUAGAGACGCCUACUUCGACCCCUCCGCCUCAUCCUCCUGCUCCUGCUCCUCCUACUUCUACUCCCCCUGCCCCCGCUCCUCCUGUCGCCGCUCCCCCUGCCCCCGCUCCUCCUUCGGCGCCUCCUGCGCAGACUCCUGAAACUCCUGCCCCAGCUCCUCCUUCUCCGGCGCCUCCCGCCCCUGUCCCUGAAGCUCCUGUCGUUGCCCCUCCUGCCCCAGCACCAGCACACCCCGCUGAUCAUUCCUGCACCUGCAGUUGA